AUAAGCUCUUCAAGCAAAUCAACCAAAACCCAAUACUUAAUUAGUCCCACUUCUAAAUUAGUUUAUUACCAUACGAUAAGGUAGAAAAAAACAGUUACAGCCUCCAAAAUGAGAAUUGUAGCAACCUUUACACUUCUCCUUCUUCCAUUCCUCUUCAACUACAUCAAUGCCUCAACAAUUCAGAUAGAGAACAACUGCUCUUACACAGUCUGGGCUGCUGCAUCACCUGGUGGUGGUCGUCGUCUUGAUCAGGGCCGAACAUGGACACUUAACUGGCAAUCAGGGACACGCCCGGCCCGAGUUUGGGGCCGUACAAAUUGUAGUUUCAAUGCCAUGGGUAAAGGCCAAUGUCGAACGGGUGACUGUAACGGAGUCUUGAAUUGCACAGGAUGGGGCAAAUCGCCACAAACCUUAGCUGAAUAUGCCGAAUUUUCCAACACGGAUUUUUACGACAUCUCUCUAGUUGAUGGAUUCAACAUUCCUAUUGAGUUUCGACCAGUGACAACAAGUGGUGGAACAUGUCAACCAAUUUCAUGCAAAGGGGACAUUAAUGGACAAUGUCCAGCUCCUCUUAAGGUUCCUGGUGGAUGCAAUGAUCCUUGUAAUGUUUUUAACACAGAGGAAUAUUGUUGCACUCGGACACCAUGUGCUCCGUCGAAUUACUCGAGGUUUUUUAAGGAAAAAUGUCCUCAAGCUUAUAGUUUCCCGCAGGAUGAUGCGGCUAACACUGCUUGUCCUGCAGGGACUAAUUUUAAAGUUGUGUUCUGUCCUUUGGGCUCAAAGGCGGAGUCACUCUCCUUUGAGCUCAGAGGCGGAGUCAUGAUUUGAAGUUUAUAUUUUUUGAACCGUCACUAGGCGGACUAAUCUAUAUGUAAAUAUAUAUUAAAUGCACCAGUCAUGUUCUUAAUAUUAUAAUCAGGGUACUCUUCUUUCGCUCAUUGGGCAUCCUAAUAUUUCUCAGUAUAGCAUUGAAUAGCUUAUCUUUGCGUGUACUUCU